AUGGCAGGAGGCCAACUUGCAAGACUUCAGAAGACUGCCUUCACCGAGGCCAUCCAGAAUCAUGACCCGAACACCACAGCAGUAGUACACUCUCUCUGCGGAAGAAGUUUCAAGUAUGGCAGCGUGCUCCAGGACAUUGCCUUGAGAAAGGAUCAAAUUCUAAGCGAGACUGGCAAGAGCGAAGACAGUAUCGCAGGCGAGCGAAUAGCCUUCUUGGUCGAGAAUAGCUAUGACUAUGUAGUCACUCUUCUCAGUUGUCUUGCGUCCAACGCCAUAGCCGUCCCCCUAGCUCCUUCCUUCCCUGCUGGAGAGCUCCGCUAUAUUCUGAACCACAGUGAAGCACUUGCUUUGAUCCAUUCCAAGAAAUUCGCAAAAGGUGCACAAGAAGUAUUGAAAGAGGGCCUGGACAAGACCCCCAUCAGCAUUGCCGUGGAAAAAAUUCGUGAAGGCGCAAAGUCACGGGAGCAAGUUCAGUUGACUGGCAACGUCGAGGAUGCAGAAGGUGGCAUGAUGUUGUACACAUCGGGAACAACAGCGAAACCGAAGGGUGUCCUACUGCCUCAGAGAGUUCUCACAGCGCAGGCGAAGAGCUUGAUCGAAGCAUGGGAAUACACACCAGACGACCGUCUGCUUCAUGUCCUCCCAUUGCAUCACAUCCACGGCACGGUUAAUGCUCUCCUCACGCCCAUUCUCGCUGGAAGCAGCAUUGAGUUUAUGUACCCCUUCAACGUCGACAACGUAUGGAAACGUUUCGCCGCUCCCUUCCAAAGCACCAUCAUCAGCCCAGAAUCAUCCAAAACCCCAGUCAGCUUCUUCACAGCUGUCCCUACAGUCUGGGCCCGCAUGCUCCAAUCCUACCCGGACCUCCCAUCGGACAUCAAAACCUCGGCCGACGAAGCCAUCCAACGAAAACACCUCCGCCUCAACAUCUCCGGCUCCGCAGCCCUCCCAACCCCAACCAAACAAGCCUGGACCGACCUGUCCAACGGCAACGUCCUCCUCGAACGCUUCGGCAUGACCGAAGUCGGCAUGGCCCUAUCGUGCGGUCUCGCAGACACCGACCGAAUCGACGGCUCAGUAGGCUGGCCCUUACCCUCCGUACAAGCCCGUCUCGUGGACUUCGACACCCACGAAGUAAUCCAACCCGGUCAAGAAACCUCCUCAACGGGCAAAGAACGCGCCGGCGAAAUCCAACUCAAAGGCCCCACAAUCUUCCAAUCCUACUGGCGCAACCCGGAAGCCACAAAAAAAGAAUUCACCAGCGACGGCUGGUUCAAAACCGGCGACAUCGCCGUCCGCCGCCCUGUCCCAGCAGGCUCCGGAGAAGGUGCUUCAGGCCCUUGGGCCACAGGACCCGCAUACUUCAUCCUCGGCCGCAAAUCCGCCGACAUAAUCAAAACCGGCGGCGAAAAGGUCUCAGCGCUAGAAAUCGAACGCCACCUCCUCUCCCUCCCGCAAGUAUCCGAAUGCGCCGUCGUCGGCCUCCCCAGCGUCGCUUGGGGCCAGAAAGCCGCCGCCGUCAUCGUGUUGACGAAAUUCGGGCAGACGUGCGGCAGGAAUGGUGGAGCGUGGAGUGCGUUGGAGAUGAGACGUGCGUUGAGGGAGAAAUUGGUGGCGUAUAAAAUCCCGCAGGAUAUGAAGGUUGUGGAGUGCUUGCCGCGCAAUGCGAUGGGGAAGGUGAAUAAGAAGGAGUUGGUGGGGGCUGUUUUUGGGGAUUUGGAAAACAUUCGCAGGAGGAGUGUUGAGAAGGCUAGGGAGAGGGAGUUGGAGGUUUUGAGGAGGGAGAGGGAGAAAGGGGGACGGGAAGAGGAAAGGAAGUGAUGGAGAUGAAGGGGGAGAAGAAGGGGAGUUAGAUAGAUAGAUAGAUAGAUAGUGUUGAGUAGUGAAUGUGAAUGUCGGAUGAAUAUGUGAUUGUUGAGAAGAGAAAGAGAGCAUAGAGACGAGAUAAAAACAAGACAGCAAUGUC